UCUCACGUUCUGGCAGAAGUUUGUGGUUGAGGAGGAGCACGGUCUCGGGCAGCAGCCGCCCGUACUCAAGAUGGCGGCGCUGGGAGGGCGUAACUAGGGAGUAGGAGGCACGGAGGUAGGAUCAUGGCGGCGGCAGAGGACCGGAGAUGCGAGGAGUGGGAAGAGGAAGAAGUAAGUGCUACGCCGAAAGCCUAGCUGGCGGUCGCGGUGAUGGCUCUGCAGGGAGCAGUUGGUUUUGGUGGAACUGUCAGGAAUUAUUGAUUCAGACUUUCUCUCAAAAUGUGAAAAUAAAUGCAAGAUUUUGCAGUGUACAUCACAGAAGUACAGAGGGACUGCGGGAACAGAUAGGAGAAUGCUUAAUUCGGCUUGAGUGUUUGAAUUUGUGGCUGGAGAGAAAAGAUUUGGAGGAGGGAAUUGACACUGAGAGGCCUAUUAUGCAAGUGGACAACUAUGUCUUUGCUGGGGAGUAUGAAGAUACUCUUGGGACCUGUGUUAUAUUUGAAGAAGAUGUGGAGGAACAUGGUGGCGUGGAGUGGCUGCAAAUCAAGGAUAAUGAUUCUUCCAAUAGACCCAACAUGAUCUGCAGCUUUCUUCAUGAAAAUGAAGAUGAAGAAGUUGUAGCUCAGGCCCCAGAUAAACCUCUCGAGUUGAAGGAGCAAGAAAUUCAAAUGAAAGAUAAUUCAGACCUGAGUUAUGAACAGGGGAAACCACUGCACUUGGAAAUAGAAGAUUCUGGUCCUCUUAUUGAGAUCCCUUCUUUUGAUACAGAAGGUUUUGAUUUUAUGGAAACUCAAGAUGCUGACUUAGAAGCCACUCCUAGAUGAAAUGUUUCUCAUAAUAAUCUAAUCAUGAACUUUUUAGUUUUUACAUCAAAUUGGCUCUGUAGCUUCCAGUUGUUCAUCUGUUAUUUUUCUUACCUCACACAUUUCCAAUUUUAUAGCAUAACUUAAUGUAGCAGAGUCAUUCCAAGACCAGACAUCAAUUGAAUUCAAAAACCAAAACAAAAACCAGUUUAAAUGAUCAUAGAGACUCUUCUCUGAUAAGUCCUUUAAAUUGGAGGUCUUGCUAAGGUAAGUGUGUUAGUUUUCAAGUACAGGUGUCACAAAUUACCAUAAACUUGUGGUGUUAGCUGCCAUUGAGUUAACCCAGACUUGUGGCCCCAUGCACAUAGGGACUGGAACUGACGCUUGGGAGGCCAGAGUAAAGACUCCUCCAGCUGAAAACAAGCCUGCUGGUGCUAUGCUGCCAUGCUGUGUUUCUUGCUCUGUAUCCUGCAAGGUUAAGUGAGCCUGGUGUCAGAUUUAGCUGGACAAAGGUUCUGUGAUUUUGAAUGGCACUCCAAACCUGUGACUACUGCUGCUGUUCAGGCAGAGAUAGUUUUGCAACUGCCUACCUCUGGCCUUCUACUUGAGAGAGAAAUAAACUUCCCUCUUGUUUAAGUCACUCAGUUACAAUUAAACUUAAUCUGAAUCGAUACAUUAUGCAUUUUAGAAAACUUGAAAAAUUUAGAAAAGUGUAAAGAGGUAGAGUGGGAGAUUCUUGAGAUUUGUCAUCUUGCAGAAGAAACUGCUCUAGACUAUAAUAUAGUUCUACCUGUGUUGGAGAGGAAAAUAAAGUCUUAAAUUCUUAAGAGAACAUGGUAUGUUUUAGCUCUCUACCUGUUAAUAAAUGUUUGGAAUUCAGUAAAAUAAAAGUCUUACUUUUCAAAUAUGUAGUAUUUUGUGAGACUAAAACUUCAUAUAUAAAUUUCUCUGCCAUUGAUCAACUACCUUACUAACUUACAGUAAUUACUUACAAACUAAUCUUAGAACCACAAUUUAUUUAGCUGUCAAAUAAAUAUUACUUUUGACACUGAAGGCAAUGGGUUGCUUUUGCUUGCAAAUAUUAUUAUUCUACCUAAAAGGAUGAUAUUGUUAAGGUGCAUCAUGAAGAAUUAUUCCUUAUGGUCAUUAAAGAAAUGUUUGAAAAUCU